UUGUCGCUGCCUCCACUGGCCCGGAGUAACAACCCAGUGGGACCAGAUUUCUCAAUUGUUUCACCUGCCUCGGGGCCAGAAGGUGCCCAGGGACUAGCCCAAGAACUUGGGGGCGGGUUCUGUGGCGCUUUCACUGUACAGUGCCACACCCGCGAUUCGCGUGGGCCAACAGCUCACGGGUGCCGCGGGCGGGACCGGCAGGGGCUGGGCGGGGCCUCUAGGGGCCUGGGUUUGCGCGCGGUUUCCCGGGUGACUGCCGCGCAGAAGAGGCGGGGCUAGGGCCCCGUUUCCCCGCUGCCGGGCUCCCCCGGGCGGUGGUCCGGAACCCUGGCCCCCAAGGGUCUGCCAGAAACGCAGCCAGCGUAAGAAACGGCGCCAGAGACGGGUGCGGCCGUCUGGGUAAUUCCAGCCCUGAGGAAUGGAGGCAGAACAAGGCGGGGCCUGGGGAGCACGGUGGGCGGGGCGACCUGCGGUCUUGGAGUAAAUCCAGCGCUCCGACCUGUCAUCCCAAAGGCCCUAGCUGCGGACAGCGGCGCGGGCGGGCCAUGCCCCGGGGCUCCCUGUCGCUGUGGGAGCUGGUGGAGAAGCAUGUUCCACUCCGGGAGCGGCCUGAAGUGAAGAGGAUUCUGGGGGAGGCGGCGGUAGAUCUGACCCUGGAGCUGCGAGCGGAGGUGGGGAGUGGGAAGGUCCCCUCCAUGCCCAGUCGCAAGGUGCCCCAGCUCUCCUUGCAGGUGGCGAUGCUAGAGGCACUGCUGCAAGAGACUCGAUCUUCCCAAGCCUCUGGCUCUCACUCCAUCUCUGACCCCUGCUCCCUUCUGGCACCUCCACCCCUCCUGAGGGACCUCAUGCGCCAGGAACUCCAGCAACUGCUCCAAGGGCUCCGUGACAAGGCCAUCUGCGAGGGCAGGGACCCGGCCCAGGCGUGGGCCUCGUACAGCCCCAAGGUCAUUCGCUUUGCCUUGGAGGAGCCCAGGUGUGACUUGCCAGAUCGGGAGGUUUUCCAGAUAAGAGCUAGUGAACACAGCAGCCACAGGGACCUCAGUGUCAUCAAGGACCAACUGAACAUGUCCAACAUUGACCAGGUUGCUGGAUACCUGAGGGGUCUCCUGGAGGAGGAGCGUUGCACUUUGGAGAGGGAGAUUUCUACCUUGCAGCGCUGCCUGGAAGCAGAGCAUACACAGGCUCACCAGCCCUCUGAAGCAACCCUGGAGCCCACCCUGGCAGAGCUAAAGGAGCAGAAGGCGGCCAUGGAAAAGGAGCUGCAGGCCUCUUUGGAACCUUCCUGCAUCUUUACCAAACACAGGCAGCAGCCCUUGGGGUCAUCCAUUCAGGACCCUAGAUCCUUUCCUCCCCUGCAUGGAGCUGAUGGAGUUCAGACUGGGCCUCUCCAAGGCCACCUACCUGCACCUCCUUUGGAGCGUUGCCCCCAGUCUCAAGGCUGGGUCUCCACCCGCCGCUGGGGACGGCAGCUUCGGUACAGCCCCAGGGAAGGACCACCUUCCACAUCAAUGUCCACUGCAGCACCCAAGGCCCCAACCUGAAGGACCAACCACAAAGUGGACUUCUGCUUCUGUCAGAACUUGCCCCUUCUGCUGUUGCUGCCUCUCAGUUGUCAUGGCCUGCCAGUUUCAGGUCUCAUCUUGGAUGAGUUCUUGCCAAGACCCUAAGGUUGUUUGUCUGUCUAACCCUUUUCCCACUCCCUUACCAGGUCCCUGGUAUCCAGGGCUGAGUUGCCAGACAUCUGUCCUAGCUGUCACAUCCUUUGGCCUUUCUCCUCCCAGGCCUCCACAGAGGCUUGGCCAACAGAGGUCCCAUCCCAGUCCUGACUCUUGUCCCCCAGGGGACCCAGACAAAGCACAGCAGCAGUUCAGAGACAGGAAUAGAAAUUUCAUUAAAAUCUAUGGACU